AUGAACCCAUGGCUCUUGGCCUGCCUGGUGGCCUGCUCCGUGGGCGCCUGGGCCCCCACUGUCCACGCUCAAGGCGUCUUUGAGGACUGCUGCCUGGCCUAUCACCGCCACGCCAGGCUGGCCGUGCUCCGGCACGCCCAGGGUUACCUGCGCCAGGAGGUGACCGGGAGCUGCAACCUGCCUGCCGUGAUAUUCUUCUUCCAUCAGAAGCAGAGGAUGGUGUGUGGGGACCCACGGGCCAGGUGGGUGCAGAAGGGGAUGAAGAUCCUGGAUGCCCGGAACAAGGCCCCCUCAAAGCCCCACGCAGGUGCCCAGAGAACCUUCCAAGGCUCUCACUCUGGGGUGAAGAAGUUGAACUCUAGACCCUCCAGGCUACCACUGUUCAUGUUUAGGGGUCCCACCAGAAGCAGCAAGAAGAACACCUCCUUCCCGAGAACAGCUAAACCAGGUGAGGACUCUGAUUGUGUGACCAUUCCUCCACCUGUCACCGCAGCUGAGGGAUGA